GUGGCGAUAUUGCUAGUUAUUUAAGAGCUAAUGAAAAAUUAGGACAACCUUUAAAAGAUUUUGGUUUAAAUUCACAGCAAGCUUUAUUAACCACUCUCAAAAAUUUUCAAUACAUCACUAACGAACUACUUCUAAAAGAAGAAAUUCAGAUAGCACUAUUGAUGUUACAAAUUUGUAGUAUAUUGCCAAGUCAAAACAUUCCAAUAACCUUGUUAACCCAUUAUUUUCAGUCCUAUUCAAAAAUUUCUGAAAAUAAAUCAGAAAAAAUAAUUAAUUUAUUAUGUAAGAAAACUAUGCUGAUAGAACGUGAAGGUAGUUAUAUAAGUAUGCAUUGUUCUUACCAGACAAUGCUCAAACAAAAUAUACUGGUUAAAGAAAACCUAAUUCCCAUCACUAAAUUAUCUGAUUUUCAAACUUGUUUCUUUAAGUUUUUGGUAGAAAAAGUAAAAUGGCGUCGUAGUGAUAAUAUUAGCCCUAAUAAUAAGUUUCAGUGGGAUCAAAUUAAUAUUUUACCACAUGUUAGGUCGGUGGUUAUGCAUCUUGAAGCUCAACCGGAAUAUUCAUAUUUGAUCAUUGAAUUGUAUUACGCUAUUGGUUGUUAUUAUGAAAAUCAGGAAUUAUUGCACGAAGCCAAAUCUUGCUACAUUAAAUCGCGUAAUUUAAGUGAAAACUUAAUAGGCAAAAAUAUAAUAACUGAACUCUCUAGCUUGUCAUUUGAAUUGUCAGUUGAUAUUACUACAUAUAAUUUAGAACGAAUUAAAAUGUAUACCAUAGAAAUAUUAUAUAAAUUAGCUUCAGUAAAUAUAAGAUUGUGGAAAAUUUUAGAUGCACAAGAAAAAGAUUUAACAAUUCAAUAUCUUGAGCAAUCUUUUCAUCUACAUUCACUAUUGAUAAAUUUAGAUGAUGUUAAAGCCCAGGAUCAAUAUUACACAUGUCGAAACUUAGCAGCAGCUUAUAAAAAACAAGGAAAAUUUCAAAAGGCGAAGGAAAUUAUAAACGAUUUGAUAAUUUCAGAUUUUAUUAAAAAUAAUGCUGAAAUAAAAUCACUUGCUUAUCUUGAUGUUGCCCGAUGGGAAACAAAAACAAAUCCUCUAAAGGCAAUUGAUUACUUAAAAAAAAGUUUACGCGCAAUUCAUUCAGUUGCAGAAUCAGAUUACUCUUACAAUAACCGAGCAAAAGAUAUGACGAUAAUUUAUAUAGAAUUAGGUUGUGCUUAUCUAGAAGUUGCCCGUGCUGAACAAGAUAAAAUCAAAAAAAUUGAUGCAUUAAGAAAAGCUGAU